GAAAAUGUCUACUUGUAUUUGGUGUUUAUUGUUGCUGGCAUCAUCCGUGAUCGUUUACAGUGUUAAUCAGUUAUACGCAUCAUCAUCAUCAUCAUCAUCAUCGUUACUUUCCUUCCUUUUUCAAUCGGAUCCAUCCACAUUUGACAAACAUAUUGGUAUUUCACCUAAAAUCAUGCUCCAGCUGGAAUGGACUCAUUAUGUGAUGAUGAUGGUUUACAUCAUCAUGAUACUAGAUGUUAUACCUUUGGAUACCUUUUUCAAGGUAAUAGUAAAUAAUAAUAAUAAUAGUAAUAAAAAAGGUGAUAUAUGAAUAG